AUGUCUCUGAUUGAUUUGUUUUCGCAUCAUGCCCUGGGCGGCACUGGGGACGUCUGCGGAUCCGGUCUGGGCUUAGUCGCUGCAAGCGUUUGCCCUCAUCUCGAUAGCCUCGACUCCCAGCUUUCAUCUGAGCCUAAGUACUGGAGUCCUUGGACUCAUCGACCAUAUUGUCAAGGAGCCUGGUGCGUGCACACACACGCACUGGUGCCGUGUGGUCAAGGGAUCAGCAUCAUCACGCAUCGAUCGGGACAGCAAGAAGCCGCGGCAACUCUUGCUACCCUGAGCAAUGAUUUCGACGAGCCUAGCUGCGCCGUACUAGCGGGGAUCCUGGGUCCAAACUAUGAUGUUGAUAGUGCCAUUGACGAAAAUCGCGCCUACGAGGUCAGGGACUCGAAGGGCAAGGGCAAGGGGGUAUUUGCGACUCGCAAGAUCCCACGCGGGACGAUCAUCAUGAUUGACCACCCUAUAAUGCUCAAAUUGGAACCGGAAAUAGAUAACGACGUACUAUCCGAGAACCAGCGAAGCCGUCUCUUCGACCACGCAGCAACGCAACUGUCUGAUCCGGAUCAAGUGCUGAGUCUGGCUCAGCAUGAAGGAUUCACAGGCUCACAAGCGGAAAACGCUGCCAACUAUAACAGUUUUCAAGUUGAUCUAGGCAACGCCACUUACAGUGCCGUAUUCCCUCGAGUUUCGAGAAUAAACCAUGCAUGUGUUCCAAACUGCCGAGCCAAGUGGGCACCGAAUACUCUAUCGCAGACAAUUUGGACAGUGCAAGACAUUCAGCCUGGCGACGAGCUGUCAAUCAGUUACGAGCGAAGACGGAAGUUUGCAGUCCUAGCGCAAGAGUAUCACCGCCUCGAUCAUUACGAUACCAAAGAGUCGCAAAAGGCGCUGCAGAUACUAGAAGAGGCAAUGGAGAUUAACAUACACGAGCCGAUGCUUACGAGUGCGACGCCGCUGUUGCUCCAGGCUGCAUGGACGGCAUACCGGGGCAGGCAUAUUGGGAUGGCGAGGAGAUACGUGGAGAAGGUCGAGGAGGAUAUGAGAUUCUUGUUGCACCUGCUGGCAAAGGCCAUGGACGAUGUGCCCAAUAUUCAGUCUGAUGCACAGAAUCUCUCAAAUUACUCCGCUGCUGGGAGUAACAGUCGCGAGUGCCUGGGAUAUAGCUCGACUAAGCCCAUAGUCUGGACCGGAGUUGCGUGCCGCAGGAAGACCAGUAGCCGAAAGCUCGAAGGGUCUCGCGUGCUCCCGACGUCGACAGAGUCCCAUCGAAGCAUCGAUGCGGACUAUCAAAUUCUCUCUUCUGACGCGGCUGUUUCCGCAAACCCCACAGAUCCUGUCUUCCAGGGGUUGAGUCUUGGCACCAGAAGAAACAUCGAAUAUUUGCUGAUGACGCAAAAAACCGUGGUGCGGGACAUCAUCGUCGCAAUAUCUGUCUAUCAUCAGGCGCGUGCUGGUGUUGCUUCCUUCCCGACUGCACAGAGUUGUGGAAGCUCUAUGGCCAAGACGACGCUGGACUCGAGCUUGAUCAACGAUACCACUGUCCUGAUGCACGCGUGUAAAGCGACACAAAGCCUCCGAGCCGCCCUGUCUAACGCGGAUUGCUCUGAUGCAGUGGUAGCGUCGUCAUUUUUGUUCACAUGGCUUGAUAUGUUGGACACGCAAAUGCACUCGUGGCAUCACCAUCUCGACGGCAUGAAAGACCUGAUGUGCCUGCGGGAAACGAAUGAUGCAUCAGCAUCGACCGGAGGGUCUGUGUUCCAAGGAUUUUUCCACGAGGCGUACGCCAUGACCAAGAUAGAUCCUACUCGGGAGCUUCCACAGUUCGACCUGGGCGCUGUCUUGCAGCGGGCCCAGAGCUGGAGUUGGACCGGAUGCCCUGCUGAGCUUGUUGAGAUUCUACACGAUUUGAACACACUGCAAUCUCAAGGUUCCAAUCUCCCUCAGAAUGACGUGUCAUCAAUCCUGAGCCGACUCGAGAAGUUUUCUUGUUCAGAAUGGGCGCUCCAUUUCCCCGGUAAAGACCUUCAUCAGCAACGACUUCACAUGGCGUCGGCCUACAAGGGAGCCAUCGUCAUCUUCGCGUCUCAGGCCCUCAACUCGAUCUGUGAUAACCCAUUCUUGGUGGACGAAAUCGUCGACCUGACUUUACAUCAUCUCAAACAAAUCUCACCGAUCGACUCUCACUUUAAAGGAAUCCUCUGGCCUGCCUUUAUUCUUGGGGCAGAAACGCGUCUUCCGGAGCAACAAAUGUGGAUUUCGAGUACGCUGGAGCAGCUUUACGGUAUGAUACAUAUGUGGAAUAUCAAAAGGGGACUGUCGGUCCUGUGUCGACUCUGGGAUCGCCCACUGCCCGCCGAUGGCAGGAGGUCAUGGCUUGAAGAGGUAUACGACAUGGACGAAAGGCUGAUGCUGAUAUGA